AUGUUCUUGAGCACCAACUCCACAUCCUCAAAGAUCCAAGGUCUCUCAUGUGUCAUCAUGUGGGUACUUGGUCUCCACAAAGUCCAUGGAGAAGAGAGCAUUGUAGUGCUCUUGGUACAUGGGGAGCUCAUCCUCCUCUUGCUCUUCCUCAGCCUCUUCCAUUGGCUCAUCUUGGUUCCCCUCUUGAUCAUCUUCAUCAACCAAUUGGUUCACCUCUUCUCCUUCCUCUUCACUCUCAGUCUCAUCACUCCUUCUUCAUUUGGAGAGCCAUUUCCUCCUCUUGAACAAGGUUCACUCCAAUCUCAAACUCCCCUUGCUCACUCUCACUACUAA